AUGGAAAUCAGUUGCUGUUGGUGCCUUGAAGGAACUCGGAUAGUUAUCGAAGACGAGGAGCCUGGCGAGGACAACGCGAGCUCCUACAAGUGUUUCAGAAGUGACGUACACGUUAAGGUGAACUAAUUUCUCAUAAUUCAACAAUGGUUUUUCUGGCCUUGGCUUACAUGUCGAGCGGUCAUCAUUUUCUAGCCAUUCCGUUUCGAAAGCGUUUUCAAAGUUUCUUUUGAAAGGCUUGCUAUCUUCUCAAAAGCUUGAGUUUUCGAUCAGUGCAAGGAAACCCCGAGGGUCUGGUAUUUUUAAAACAUCCUUGAAACUCGAACUCACCCGUUCCCAAAAUUCUUUUUUUACUUCUUCAUCUCUGUCGCUUUCUAUACCUCGAGAUUUCAGAAAGCCUGCUUUUACGUGGGCGUCUCGGCUCUUAUUGUAUGCGCUUUCUCGACGGUUUGUAUGUUUUUCGGGGUUUAUACGGUUAAUUUGUGGCUCGACAUUGUCCUCAUCAUUCUGAACACGGUGAGUCAAUCGAAAUCUGAUACAAAAAACAAAGACUGGGUUUAAGAUUGUGUCAUUAAUCAUGUUUAUUGGUUUAUACUAUGACAUGGCUUUUUUGAUUUUACCUUUUAUAGUAUCAGAGGUUUGUCAUUUUACUCAUUUCCUAUCAAAAAGUUUUUUUCCAGAUUUUUCAGUGUGCUGCAUUUUUCAUGUUGGCCAACUACACUCUUUAUUAUACUAUUACUUUCAAAAAACAAAAAUUUUAUCAAAAAUUUGGUUAGAUAGUGUUUAUCCAGCUAUUUCAAAUGUUAUUUAUUUGCAGAUCAAAUGUUGAUGGUGAUAUCAAUAUAUCUGGGGAUUGUGAUCUGCGCAGGCGCCGUUUGGGCCGCUGCCAAGUGUUACCAUUUUCUGCGGAAAAAGAAACAAGGACUUUAUAGCAAUGCUGGACCGAGAUGCAUGUGGGCAUAG